ACGUGGUGCAGUGUGUGGUGUGGCCAAACGCCCAAAUUCAAUUCAAUUUAAUUCGAAACAAAAAUACACACGAAAUAUGAGAAACAGCAUUUAAGAGCCUGUGCCAGUGAGAGAAAUUGAAUAAUUCAAUAAGAAUACACGAAAACGAAUAGAAAAUACCCAACAAAUAUUAUACACCAGAGAAAUGUGCGAAUAGUGGAAAAGUGAAACAGCAGAGAAAACCAAGAGAAAACCGUUACAUCCCCCCCCAGAAAACCACCCACUAAAAUGUCAAUUCGCGUGUGAGAACCAGAGAAAAACACAAACAAAUCCCGAGAACAUCUCAGAGGUUCUGUCCCCCAAAGAAUUAGAGCCAGAAGAGCAGCCGGAAUGGAGUACCCAUCGCUGCUGUUGCUGCUGCUCCUGGUGAGCGUCAGCCUGGCAGCUCUGGUGCCCAAGGAGGCGAGCGACAACUCUGCCAGCGCCAUGCUGGGCGGAGGCACUGGCUCUGCCGCCGUCUCGCUCUCGGGCGACUACUCCACACUGCUGUCGGGGGCCGCCGUGCCGCCCGCAUCCGCUGCCGAAUCCUCGCCAGCCGCGCCCGCACACAGCGGGCCGGGCAACCAGUGCUCGUGGACAUACAACGGCACCAGCUCCGUGCACUGUGCGCUGCGUAUGAUCGAGCGCCAGCCGGGACUGGAUCUGCAGGGAGCCGAUGGCAGCAGCCAGCUGACGAUUCAGUGCAGCGAUGUCUACCUCUUCGAGUCGACGCUGCCGGUGGCGGUGUUCGCCCGACUGCAGACACUGGAGACGCUGCGCCUGGAGGCGUGCAAGCUGCUGCAGCUGCCCAACAAUGCCUUCGAGGGCUUGGGCACGCUCAAGACGCUGCGGCUGAGCAGCCACAAUGCCGAAUGGGGUCCGGCCAGGGCGCUGGAGCUCUAUCCGGACUCGCUCAACGGCCUGAAGCAGCUCACGGAGCUGGAUAUGAGCGACAACAACCUGAGGGCCCUGCCCCCGGGCUUCCUCUGCCCCGUGGGCAAUCUGCAGUCACUGAAUCUGACCCGCAAUCGCAUCCGCACCGCCGAGCAGCUGGGCUUUGCGGACAUGAACUGCAGCGGUGGCAGCGAGUUGCAGCUGCUGGACGCCAGCCACAACGAGUUGCGCUCGAUCACAGAGAGUUGGGGCAUCUCGCGGCUGCGACGGCUGCAGCACCUCAAUCUGCAGCACAACAACAUCUCGGAGCUGUCGGGCGAGGCGCUGGCCGGGCUCGCCUCGCUGCGUAUCGUUAACCUGAGCAACAAUCAUCUGGAAACGCUGCCCGAGGGUCUGUUUGCCGGCUCCAAAGAGCUGCGCGAGAUUCAUCUGCAGCACAACGAACUGUACGAGCUGCCCAAGGGGCUGUUCCAUCGGCUGGAGCAGCUGCUGGUGGUGGAUCUGUCGGGCAAUCAGCUGACCUCCAAUCACGUGGACAAUACGACAUUCGCGGGUCUGAUUCGUCUCAUUGUGUUGAAUCUGGCGCACAAUGCACUCACUCGUAUCGACUAUCGCACCUUCAAGGAGCUGUACUUUCUGCAGAUCCUCAAUCUGCGCAACAAUUCCAUUGGACACAUCGAGGACAACGCCUUCCUGCCGCUGUACAAUCUGCACACAUUGAACCUGGCCGAGAACCGGCUCCACACGCUGGACGAUAAGCUCUUCAAUGGCCUCUAUGUGCUCUCAAAGCUCACCCUGAACAACAAUCUCAUCAGCGUGGUGGAGCAGGCGGUGUUCAAGAACUGUUCGGACCUCAAAGAGCUGGACCUCAGCUCCAAUCAGCUGAACGAAGUGCCGCGCGCCCUGCAGGACUUGGCCAUGCUGCGAACCCUCGAUCUGGGCGAGAACCAGAUCCGGACGUUCGACAAUCAGAGCUUCAAGAACCUGCACCAGCUGACGGGACUGCGACUGAUUGACAAUCAGAUUGGCAACAUCACCGUGGGCAUGUUCCAGGAUCUGCCACGACUGAGUGUGCUGAAUCUGGCCAAGAAUCGCAUCCAGAGCAUUGAGCGGGGCUCCUUCGACAAGAACUUUGAGCUGGAGGCCAUCAGGCUCGACAGGAACUUCCUGUCGGACAUCAAUGGUGUGUUUGCCACGCUGGUGUCGCUGCUGUGGCUGAAUCUGUCGGAGAAUCAUUUGGUGUGGUUCGACUACGCCUUCAUCCCAUCGAACCUCAAGUGGCUGGACAUUCAUGGCAACUACAUCGAGGCGCUGGGCAACUACUACAAGCUGCAGGAGGAGAUUCGUGUGAAGACUCUAGACGCCUCGCACAAUCGCAUCACGGAGAUUGGUCCCAUGUCCAUACCGAACACCAUCGAGCUGCUGUUCAUCAACAACAAUCUGAUUGGCAAUGUGCUGGCCAAUGCCUUCGUGGACAAGGCCAAUCUGGCCCGCGUCGAUCUCUAUGCGAAUCAACUGACUAAGCUGCAGCUGCAGCAGCUCCGUGUGGCGCCUGUGGUGGCGCCGAAGCCACUGCCCGAGUUCUAUUUGGGUGGCAAUCCCUUCGAGUGUGACUGCACCAUGGACUGGCUGCAGCGUAUCAAUAAUCUGACCACGCGUCAGCAUCCCCGCGUCAUGGACAUGCCCAACAUUGAGUGCGUGAUGCCGCAUGCUCGUGGAGCUGCAGUUCGUCCGUUGACUGCUCUGCAGCCGCAGGAUUUCCUCUGCCGCUACGAGUCGCACUGCUUUGCGCUGUGCCACUGCUGCGACUUUGAUGCCUGCGACUGCGAAAUGACAUGCCCCCACAACUGCACCUGCUACCACGAUCAGAUUUGGUCUACCAAUGUGGUGGAUUGUGGCGGACAGCAGACCAUGGAGCUGCCACGGCGCGUGCCCAUGGACUCGAGCAUUGUCUAUUUGGACGGCAACAACUUUCCGGUGCUCAAGAAUCACGCCUUCAUCGGCAGGAAGAACCUCAAGGCGCUGUACGUGAACGGCAGUCAGGUGGCAGCCAUCCAGAAUCGUACCUUUGCCAGCCUCGCCUCGCUGCAGAUCCUUCAGUUGGCGGACAAUCGACUCCAGACACUCCACGGCUACGAGUUCGAGCAGCUCUCCGCGCUGCGGGAGCUCUACCUGCAGAACAAUCUCCUGGCCACCAUUGAGAAUGCCACACUGUCGCCGCUGAUUUCGCUGGAGCUGCUCCGCAUCGAUGGCAAUCGGCUGGUCACGCUGCCCAUCUGGCAGCUGCAUGCCACACACUUUGGCCGGCGACUCCGAUCCAUCUCGCUGGGACGCAACCAGUGGAGCUGUCGCUGCCAGUUCCUGCAGGCUCUCACCUCCUACGUGGCGGAGAAUGCGCUGAUUGUGCAGGACGCGCAGGACAUUUACUGCAUGGCGACGCCCAACACGCCUGGCUACGACGCUGGGUCCAACGAUGUCAGCUCCUCCUCCUCCGAGGGAUCGCCGCAGAAGCGAGAGCUGGACUUCAAUUCAACGGGCGCCGCCUGCACGGACUACUACUCCGGUGGAUCGAUGCUGCAGCACGGCAUUCCCCAGUCGUACAUUCCCCUACUGGCGGCAGCUUUGGCGCUGGUCUUCCUCCUGGUCGUCUUCAUCAUUGUCUUCAUCUUUCGGGAGUCGCUGCGCAUCUGGCUGUUUGCCCACUACGGCGUUCGAGUGUUUGGUCCACGCUGCGAGGAGUCGGAGAAGCUCUACGAUGCCGUGCUCCUGCACUCGGCCAAGGACUCGGAGUUUGUGUGCCAGCACCUGGCCUCCGAGCUGGAGACGGGACGUCCACCGUUGCGUGUGUGCCUGCAGCAUCGCGAUCUCGCCCACGAUGCCACCCACUACCAGCUGCUGGAGGCAACACGUGUCUCGCGUCGUGUGGUGAUCCUGCUGACCCGCAACUUCCUGCAGACGGAAUGGUCGCGCUGCGAACUGCGCCGCUCGGUGCACGACGCGCUGAGGGGGCGGCCACAGAAGCUGGUGAUCAUCGAGGAGCCGGAGGUGGCCUUUGAGGCGGAGAGCGACAUCGAGCUGCUGCCGUAUCUGAAGACUUCGGCCGUGCAUCGCAUCCGGCGUUCGGAUCGUCACUUCUGGGAGAAGCUGCGCUACGCCCUGCCCGUCGACUAUCCCACCUAUCGCGGCAACAACUACACGCUGGACCACAAUCACGAGCGGGUGAAGCAACCAGCCAGCCCAGGUCUGCUGUAUCGUCAGGCUCCGCCGCCCGCCUACUGCGGUCCGGCCGAGGAUGGCGCCCCCAGUGCCGCCACAGCUCCAGCCGAGCAGAACUAUUCCACGGCCACCACAGCCACACCCAGUCCGAGGCCACAGCGCCGCGGAGAUCAUCAUGGAGUUGUCUCUGGCUCGGGCUCUGGCUCUGGGGCGGCUGCCGCGCCACAUGGCCACCACUUGCAUGCCCAGUACUACCAGCACCAUGGCAUGCGUCCGCCCUCGGAGCACAUUUACUCCAGCAUCGACUCGGACUACUCGACGCUGGACAACGAGCAGCACAUGCUGAUGAUGCCCGCCGGCCCCGUUGUCUCGUUGGAGGGUACCCCCAGGGCCCAGACCUGGCGCCCCAAGCAACAGCAGCAGCAGCAGCAGGCGUUGCAGUCGUCUGGUCCCAACUCAGUGGGUCAUGUGGCCACGCUGGGACCCAGUGGCAAGGCCCCAGCCCAGCAGCAGCAACAACAACAGCAGACAGUCGGAUCUGGGCAGCAGCAAGGUCCACAUGUCCAGGCGUAUCUCGUCUAGAGAGGCAGAUGGGGGUUGCAGUAAGAGGAUACAGAAUGUGACAGUGAUUUCUUUAGGGACUGGUUCCUGUGCAUAAUUUUAAUUACUAAAAUAUGUGCGAGUUAAGCUAAGAGAUUAGAGCGAGGGGGAGCAUGAGCAGCAGCAGCAAACGAGGGAGGAGAUGAAGAAGUAGAAACUAUGCAGAGAUUUUAAUGUUGGCCCCCAACCACAAGCCCCCUCCCCAGCCCAAAAGACACACACAAGCAGCAGGAAGCGCCUACGAAUACUUUGUUUAUCCAGUGUAAAAGUCAUUUUAGAUGCACUAAAACAAACAUACGAGAUACAGACAGGCACACAAAGCGCAUAGAUACGUACAGCAACAAGGCGCAGAUACAAGAUACAAAUGCAUUCAGAAGAGGAGUGGAGACAGUGGAGACAGUGCAGAGUGCAGAGUGCAGAGUGUGGUGUGUGUGUGAGGGGAAAACUAUGUUAGCACAAUGCCAUUUCGAAGUUUUCAAAGUUUUGCCACAGCAAAAGAAAGUUUUCCCCUCCAAACACACUCCUCCUCCCGUCUGGUCUUUCAUUUGCUUAGCGCUGAGAAUGGCUCUGGAGAGUUGCUGGGAUAACUUUUUAAUAUGGUUUUAAUCAGUUGUGAACCCCGAACUAUUCGGCAUCCGUGGCACACAGAGAUUCAUGCACUCAGCCUGAUCUUUUGGCGAAGAGAGAGAGAGAGAGAGAGUGCUUGAUUGAGUAUCUAUCUGGGCGUAUGCAUUUUGUAAAUAUAUCUCUCCGCUAUACCAUAAACAGCAUUGAUAGUUAUUUAAAUACCAAUAGAAUAUACUCGUAAAUACCUAGAUAACACUCACGAUGCAUAACCGCAAAAAGUAAACGUAAACGUAUCUAGCGAUAAUUUCAGUAACCACAUUCAAGUGCACACAGUCGGAUUAGAAGUCUGAAGGGAUGCCUCCAGCAACGAUCUCAUCGUUGCGGGCAUGUGUAUAAAGCAUUCAUAAUUACUUAGCUAGCAAACGCAAAAAGGGAGGACAGGAGGACAGGACACAUGAAUCUCGAGUGGGUUAACUACAGGCAGACAGACACAAGCUCAUUUUAAACACUACGCUUACCAAAACUAACGAUAAAUUGUAAUGCAAACUAACGACUAAACUUACAUACAAUACAUAGAGAUGCAUACGUAAAUAGUAUCGAUGUAUUAUUCAGUGAAUAUAUAUAUAUAUGUGCGUGACUGUGUAAAGUAAAACUGAUAUUAGCAACACUGCAUGAGGUUUGCGCUCUCUCUCUUUAUACCUAUAACACUUAUACACAUACGAUAUAUACUAUAUGCGAUAUAUGUAUAUUAACCGAGUAAACUGCCUAAAUCAUAAGUAUAUCUAUGAAGCAUUUAUUUCCAAUUUGCAAAACUCGCCGACUCGUCAUUAGUUAAGUCAAACAACAACAAAAAUCAGUUGAAAACUAACGCCAGAAGAAAGAGAGACAGAGAGAGAGGAAAGUCCUUGGCAGGACCAAACACUUGUACCAGUAUGAAAAGGCCCCCAAAACUGUUAUUUAUUUUUAUCAUUUUGUAAUAUAUAAACAUCUAUACCGCGUUAAGUUGUAGUCUUAGUUCUCAAAGAUGAUGGGCGCUCUAUGAAUAAUGUAAUAAUAACCUUUGGAUAAUUCAAUUUUUGUG